AUGUCGUCUCAUUACCAUCAACAGUUCAUGAAUACACCCAUGUAUGCAUAUGACGUGCCUUCGGCUGGCCUCGAAAGCAUAGACGACGGCCUGUAUCGAUCGUUGUCACCCACCUCUCAGGUUGCAUACCAAAAUGACCGCCAGGCGGUUUGGCCCAACGCCGGAUACCAAAGCAAUGGUGCAGGAUAUCUCGAACAGCACCAGAUGGGCUACCCUCCUCAAUCCGGAAUCCUUGAGCAACAGCCGACUUUUGGCGUCAUUCCUAAUGAGACAGAUAAUGCAUCGAGCCAGAUUUCCACGGGCUCUUCUAGUUAUUCAAGCACCCCAAGGAACUCAAAGUUUGUAGUUGCGGCUGCCGCCGCAGCAGCGGCAGCUAACGCUCCGUUGUCCCAUAAGCCUCUCCAACUAAACAACCCCAGGGACUUCACGUCGGCCCCAAGUAGGACUGUUUAUCUUGGAAACAUCCCACCAAACCUGGAGGUCAGGGAACUCCUGGACCAUGUCCGUAGUGGAGUGGUCGAGGAUGUUAGAAUUUUGCGGGAAAAGAUGUGCGCCUUCAUCUCCUUUUUGGAUGAAAGCUCUGCUUUACUUUUCCACUCGGACGCGAUACUUAAACGCCUGAACAUUGGCGGUCGCGACAUUAAAGUCGGCUGGGGAAAGCCCACGCCAAUCGAUCCCGUUGUGACUGCUGCAGUUUCCAACGACGGGGCUACGAGGAAUGUUUAUAUUGGUCGUCUCAACACAGAUCGUGACCUUGCGCCGCAGUUCGGCGCAGAUCCGAGAGACUUGAUCGCCACUGAAGAGAAAUUAAGGGCAGAUCUUGACUUCUACGGCGAGAUCGAAUCCGUCAAGAUUAUUGUCGAGAAGGGAAUCGCAUUUGUUCACUUUUCAUCUAUUUUCAGUGCUAUUAAGGUGGUCUCGAGUCUAGCAACUGUAAACCCUUACUAUUCCAACAAGAAGAUAUUUUAUGGGAAAGACAGAUGCGCUUUUGUCACCAAGACUCAGCAGCAUAACGCGGCUCAGUUUCUGGGGCUGCAACCAGGCAUGGAACAUCUGGUUCAGUAUACUGACCGGGACUUCAUCUCCAACACAUUGCUUCAGCAGUCUGCGGCAGCUGCAGCUAUUGCUACAGCUGCAGGAGGUGCAAAUAACCUUGGAAACAGAACAAUAUACCUGGGUAACCUGCCCAAAGAUGUGAAGAUCGAGGAGAUUUGCAACGCAGUGCGCGGUGGACUUUUGCAAAGCAUCAAGCUACUCACAGAUCGUCACGUGUGUUUUGUCACUUUCAUCGAUCCUACUGCUGCUGCCCAGCUUUACGCAAUGACAUCGCUGCAUGGGCUCACUAUUCACAACAAAAGGUGCAAGAUUGGAUGGGGCAAGCAUUCUGGUGCGUUGUCCAACGCACUUGCGCUUGCCGUGAGCCACGGUGCCUCACGUAACAUAUACCUAGGAAACAUCGACUUCAAGGCGGAUAGCGAACGUGAUGUUCCAGUCUUCACAGAACAAAACCUGCGCAAACUUUUUGAAGAGUAUGGCGAAGUCGAGCAGAUCAACUUUCUCCCCGAGCGCAGUUGCUGCUUCGUCAAUUUCACCAACAUCAGCAACGCAAUCCUAGCCAUUGACAAAAUCAAGAGCAAUGAGCAGUUCAAAGACCUAAAGAUCAACUUUGGGAAAGAUCGUUGUGGCAACGUGCCCCGCCAAUAUCGUUAG